AUGCAGCAAUUCGCUUCUGGAACAUCGGUAGAAAAAGACACACAGUCAAUCGAGUCUGCUAAGAACAGUGCGAAUGCAAGAGGCUCAGCAGAAAACCAUUCAGUUUUUGGGAAAGUGGAGGAUGGGGAAGAAUCUGAAGAUAGUAAUUCAUUUGUUGAAGAAGUAAAUAAGGCACCCAGUAUUAAUGAAAAUGAGAGAAUUGAAUUAUUAAAACAGAAUACCGCUACUAAGAAACCAGAUCCACAGUAUGAGAUUGAAAAGGCAGCAGGAGAUCUGGCCGACAUGAUGGGCACGAACCAGCACUACAGUUACCCAACUGAAUAUAAGGACUUUGGAAGACGAUUCGUGCCACAGUUUCCAUAUUUUGAAGCAUUCCAGAAGAAAAAUAAUAAUCAAAACAACGGAUUAUUGCCCAGGAAAGCAUCACCAGAUGUAGUUCUGGCUGUAGCUAAGGAGUCAGCACAAUUGGAGGCAGCUAAACCUAUCAAUCCAACGGACGAAUUGAUCAAGAAGGAAAUACUUAGAACUGGUAAUUACUGGAAUGCAGUUUGGGUGGAAGAUGUAAAUCCGAAAGAAUUAUUGAGAAACUAUAGAGGAAAACAUACAGCUGUGGGAAAGGAUACAUCUGAUUUACCUUUAAAAUUGAAGUCGGUCAAAGCGAAAAUAAUGCCAGGAUCUAAACUUUAUCAGCUGGUAUCUGUUCUCAAACAGUAUUCACCAAAACUUCUUUAUGUGAUUAACGAAAAGUAA